GGAAGACGUCCUAAUCUGACGCUAAACCUGAACGAGUUCUCGUCGGGAUGUAAACAUGGUGAUAGGCAGAUGAGAGAAACGCCACAAUGGUCUUCGAAAGCGUGGUUGUAGAUGUCCUCAACCGAUUUUUAGGGGACUACGUUGUCAACCUUGACAGCUCGCAGCUAAAGCUCGGCAUAUGGGGAGGUGAUGCUGUGCUUAAUAAUCUUGAAAUAAAGGAAAAUGCCUUGAGCCAACUUGAUAUUCCUUUUAAAGUGAAGGCUGGUCAUAUAGGGCGUCUCCAACUGAAGAUACCAUGGAAGAACCUAUACACACAAUCCGUGGAGGCCACGUUGGAUGGUGUCUACCUGCUUAUAGUUCCCACAGCAAGCAUAAAGUAUGAUGCAGAAAAGGAGGAGAAGCAGUUUCAGGAGGCUCGCCAGAGGGAACUACAGCGGAUAGAGCAGACAAAGCUGAAGGCUGCUGAGCAAGAGAAUCCCAAGCUUGAGAAACAGGACACUUUUACGGAAAAGCUUGUGACUCAGGUCAUUAAAAACCUGCAAGUCAAAAUCUCUAACAUCCACGUGCGCUAUGAAGAUCAUGUAACAAAUCCAAACUGCCCUUUGUCAUUUGGAGUGUCACUGAAAAACCUCAGCCUUCAGACAGCUGACGCGAAGUGGAGACCCAGUCUUUUAGAUGAGAAGUCCAAGUUUUUCUUCAAGCUGGUACAACUAGAUAACCUGUUUGCCUACUGGAAUGUUAACUCAGUACUUUUCUCCAGUCACACUUCAGAUCGGGCCCUGCAACAUCUCCAGAGCAGCAUGGACGUCCACUCCUCUCACGACUUCAUUUUUCGCCCCAUUUCAGCUGAUGCAAAACUGCGGAUGAAUCCCAGGUCAGAUGUGGAUUUCUCCUCCCCUAAAGUGGACCUGAUGGUCAAUCUCAGAGAGGUGGCAAUUGAACUCAACAAAGCCCAGUACAUUAGCAUCUUGGAGCUGCUGUGCUCAGUGGAUAUGAUGUCACGUAAUCUGCCAUACAGGAAGUACAGACCCGAGGUCCAUGUUCACAAGAAUGCCAAAAUAUGGUGGAAGUAUGUGAUCACAGGCGUCUUGGAGAUAGAUGUGAAGCCAGGUCUCCACAUGUGGUCAUGGCAACACAUUCGCCGACACCGGCAGAUGGUAAAAAGCUACAGAGAGCUCUACAAGACAAAGAUCACCAGCAAGAAACCCAGCGAUGAGGUUCUCAAAGACUUAGAGAAGCCCGAGAAGACUUUGGAUAUUUUUAACAUCACUUUGGCCAGACAGCAGGCUGAAGUGGAGGCAAGUAAAGCAGGCCUGCGUAUUUACCGUCCUGGGAUGAAGAUGGAGGAAGAAGAGUCUCAGGGUUGGAUCAGCUGGAUGUGGAACUGGGGGGCACAGCCUGAUACAGAAAGAAAAGAAGUUAAGACUGGAGGGUUUGAUGAGCUGUUAACCCCUGCUGAGAAAGCCAAACUCUACACUGCCAUUGGAUACAGCGAGACUGCUGCUAAUCCCAACCUGCCAAAGGAUUUUGAGAGCAUGAAGGUCAACUUCCACAUGGAGAAACUGUCCGUGUCAAUCAAAGAUGACAAGGACAAAAACGAGAUCAUCAGGCUGACUGUGGGAGAGCUGUACUCCACACUCACACAGAGACCUGGAGCACAAGCCAUCAAAAUCACAGCCAAGCUUACUUUGUUUGAGGUCACUGGCCUCACCAAUAAGCAACCUCCACCAAUUCUCCUUUCAUCAAGGAAGGCAGCCAUAGGAGCAGGGACCCCACUGCUUUGUAUCCUGUUUGAGACCAACCCCCUGGACAAGAGCGCUAACCAGCGGCUUCACGUAGAAUCACAACCCUUGGAAAUCAUCUAUGAUGCUAUAACUGUGAACAGCAUAUCAGCGUUCUUCAGGCCUCCUGAUGACAUGCAGCUGGAUGAGCUCACGAAUGCAACCCUGAUGAAACUGGAGCAGUUUAGAGACCGCACAGCCACUGGUUUACUGUAUGUGAUUGAAACACAGAAGGUUCUCGACCUGAAGGUGAACUUGAUGGCCUCCUACGUGAUCAUUCCACAGACCGGUUUUUACAAUGGCACUCAGAACAUCUUGCUGUUGGAUCUUGGUAAUUUCAAGAUGUCCAGUCAAAGCAGGAAACAUCUACCUCAGCUGUGUGUGAGUUCCAGCAACAUUGAGGACAUCAUGUCCAGAGCUUACGAUAGCUUUGAUGUACAACUUGAAAGCCUACAGUUUCUUUAUAGCAAACCAGAUGGUAACUGGAAAAAGGCCCGCAAACAGAAACGGUCACCCCUCCACAUCCUAGAGCCAGUGGAUCUAAAGGUGGUUUUUAGCAGGGCAAUGAUCAACAAAGACUCCCGCAUGCCAAAAUAUAAGAUGUCUGGAGAGCUUCCUCUGUUGUCUCUUCGUAUUUCUGAUGUAAAACUUCGAAGUGUUCUGGAGCUGGUGGACAGUAUCCCGCUGCCUGAAAGCAAACCUGCUACACGUGGCAAUGCUCCAUCAUCAACUCCAAAGCCUAGGCAGUCUUUCACCCCUCAUCUCACUCCCAGAAAACCUCUGAACUUUGAUCAGCGCUCUUCUCUCAUUUUUGAGUCAUGUGAGACCAUCAGCAUCACCUCAUUAGGGUCAGAGGAGGAUCUGUUCUAUGAUGCGCCCAGCUCUCCCAUCGGGGAGAAACCAUUUUUUCCAGACAAUCCCAUGCCGCUGCGCUAUGUCGAUGCAAGCAAAAGAAAAAGUCUCAUCAAGGAAGACGCACAAAAGAACAUGACUGACUUCUUUAUGACAUUUGAGAUCAGUGAGUUUUCUGUUCAGCUCUGUCGUUUGUCUGGAAGUAUGGAGGUUACGGUGCUCCACUUAGAUAUAGAGGGUCUGGGCACUGAGCUGAAGCUGCGCACCUUUGACAUGACGUCUAAUACCUACUUGCGAGAGAUCUGCCUCAAGUGUCCUGAAUACAUGGAUUCUGAAGACAAGCAAGUGCAGCUGAUCACCACACUGGACAACAAAGAAGUCGACCUGCUCACUCUGGAGUAUAUCAAAGCUGACAAGAAUGGUCCCGACUUCAAGUCUCAAUAUAAUAACACUGAGCAGCUCAUCAAGGUGACCUUUUCAUCACUGGAUGUUCACCUCCAUACGGAGGCUCUCCUCAAUACCAUGAACUUCCUCAGUAAGCUCCUUCCUGAAUCUAAUAAGAAGGAAGGACAGCAGGAGGAGCUUCCCACUAUCCCUGAGGAAGACGAUGCUGAAGCAGAGAAGGAGGAAGAGAAAAAGGAGGAAACUGCUGUAACCAAGAAAAAACCUUCAAAAAGGUCAAAAUUUGCAGAUGUGGUUAAUCUGCAUAUCAAAACUGAUCUCCGCUGCCUUAAAGUUUUCAUUCGAGGACAGAAGGCCAGGAUCUCAGAGAUCAGUAUUGAAGGUCUGGUUUCCGAGGUCCUGAUGAGGAAGAAGGGGAUGGAGGUUUCGGCCAAAUUGAAGAACAUUGUGAUUCUGGACUGUAACAAAGAAGCUUUUUACAAAAAGGCUGUGUCCAUAGCAGAUAAGGAAGUGUUUCACUUCCACAUGGUAAACUAUACAGAUGCGACUGAAGGAGACGCCUAUCUGGACAUGUCUAACAUUGACACUACUGUUACAUUAAGUGUGGGCUGCAUUCAGGUCAUCUUCCUCAACAAGUUUCUCUCAUCUAUACUGGAGUUUGUCAAUAACUUCCAGGAGGCUAAAGAGGCACUAACUGAGGUAACAGUUCAGGCUGCAGAAAAAGCAGCAUCAGGCGUGAAAGAACUGGCUGAACGGACCACUCGGAUCGCUCUUGAUGUCCACUUCAAUGCACCCAUCAUCUUCCUCCCCCAGUCCUCCUCUUCAUCAAAUGGCAUUGUAGCUGACCUUGGUCUGCUUUCUAUCAAAAAUCGUUUUGCCAAGCAACCCUGUAAAUCAGAUGCCAGCAUCCCACCUGUUGUGGAUAUAAUGACUGUGAGACUGACUGACCUUAAGAUGUUCAGAGCCAAAUUUAAAAAUGAACGUUUUGAAGAAGAGAUCCAACUGCUGAAGCCAGUGAGCCUAGACUUGGAAAUCUGUAGAAAUCUAUCUUCCAGCUGGUACCACGAAAUACCUGACAUAGAUAUUGGGGUCCAUCUAAAGCCCAUGAGUCUGCUCCUAUGCCAGAAUGACAUGAUCAUUGUCCUGAGGACUCUGAAUGAGAACCUGUCAGAGAAGUCUGAUGCUGGUCCACCUCCAGCUGCUCUGCCUGCCACUGACCCGUCCUCUGACUCUGUAUCCAACAAAGACUCCCAGGAGUCUGGCACCACUGGACCACCCAGCAGUAACACAGUGGUGACAGCUGCUGUUGUAGAGACACAGAAAAACAGCAAGCUGAGAAAGAACACGCUGAAAUUAAACUUCAAGUUUGACUCACUGACUGUGGUUCUGUACAGCUCCAAUGAGGAUAAGCAGUUAGAACCACAACGUGAGCUGUCAGGCCCACAUCAUGACCAGUCACACCCACAACAUGAGCCGUCAGACCCACAUGAUGAGCAGCUGAAGCUAGCAGAAUUUACUCUGGGCACCAUCUCCACCUCUGUCCACAUGUACUCCGACAGCUCCAUGAAGGCCUCAGUACAACUUGCUGAAUGCCUUCUAGACGACAAGAGGCCAAAAGCCAAAAGUAUCACCCCAAGGAUGAUGGCAAUGUGUCCUGGUGCAGAACAGAACAACAUGGUGGAAGUGAGCUAUCGUCAAACCCGUGAAGGCACCACUUUAGAUACAGUGGUGCAGGAUGUGUAUCUAUGUGCCAGCAUGGAAUUUCUGCUCACGGUGGCCGAUAUCUUCCUUAAGGCCACCCAGCAGGGUUUUGCCCAAGUGCCACAACCCAAGAACAGUACUGGUGCUGGCGAUAAGAAGAACAUUAACUCAUCGGUCACAUCUAAAGAGUCUGCUACAGCUACAGCCACGGUAACAAAGACUGAAAUGAAUGUUGUGGUGCGAAACCCAGAGAUUGUAUUUGUAGCUGACCUGACUCGUGAUGACGCCCCAGCUCUGGUGAUGACCACAUAUUGUGAACUAGUAAUGAAAAAUGGUGCUGAAGGAUCACGGACGACUGCUGUUAUCAAGGACCUCAAGGUUGUUGCCUGUCCAUUCUUAAGACAAAAGAGGAGAAACAAUGUGACUACAGUGCUUCAGCCAUGUCAGGUGUACUUCGAAAGUACUCAGUCUCCAACCUCCCCUCAGGCUAUGGAGGUCACCAUCAACGCUCUCUCACUUAAGGUAUCUCCAGUCAUAAUCAACACCGUGAUUACUAUCCAGUCAGCACUCACUCCAACAGCAGAGACCCCUGAGAAGCUGGACAGCCCUGUUGCUGUGAACCUGUGGGAUAAGCAGAGUUGGAAGGAGCUCAAACUCUGGUUCCUAGAAGAAGAUGACGAUGAAGACACCAAAUUAGUGACCUGCUUAAUACCUCAGGGAGAGUCCCUAAAGGUGAACAUCAGAUCAAUCUGUGUGACUCUGGAGGCUGGAGUGGGACAUCGCACCAUCCCCAUGCUUCUGGCAAAGUCCUCCUUCAAGGGAGAUGUGGAGAACUGGUCCACGCUCAUUAACUUAUACAGUCAGCUUACCCUAGAGGUUCACUAUUAUAAUGAAGUGAUGGGAGUGUGGGAGCCACUGCUGGAGCCCUUAGAAGAUGAGACAAGAGAUGGUUUCAGACCAUGGGUGCUGGAACUGAAGAUGAAAAAGAAACCUGUGAAGUACACAGAAAUGUCAGAUGAAGUGGAUUCCAAUAUCCCAGACUACAAGACAGUCAUUCUCAUCGACAGUAAAGAUCAGCUCAACAUCACACUUUCCAAAUGUGGACUGGCUAUGCUGAGUAACCUGGGCACUGCAUUUGCUGAAGCUGCCAAACAGACAGCAGAGUGUUUUCAAAAGGAUGAAGCUCCAUUUGUAGUCAAAAACCGUCUUGGCCUACCAGUUUCUGUGCGCCACAGUGAGAUGUUUUGUCCUGUUGGACAGCAGAGUAUCGCUAACACUGUGAAGCUGCAGAAUGGCGAAUCCCUCGGAAUGGACUAUUCAACCACAACAGACACUGAUCAUUUCUCAGCAAUGACCUCUUUGAGUGGAAAAGACUAUUACAUACAGCCUACUCCAGAUGGUCACACCUCAGCCAGUGUGAUCCCUUUGAUCAAAGUGGGCCGUGGAAUGUACAGUGUAAUGCACAACAACUCAGGAGUCACUCGUUUCCUGGUCUGUCAGAUUUCCUCUGUAGAAGGCAGCAAGUACAUCAAGAUCCGCUCUCCUUUCCAGCUCAUCAAUCAUUUCUCAAUACCAUUCAACGUUUUUGAAGGACCAACCCUUCUGGGUACUGCCCUCCCUGCCGAGGAGUUCUGUGUGCCUCUGGACUCGUAUAGGUCUGAGCUGAGCCUUCAGCCAGUAAUAGAGAGCACAGAUGAUAGUCAGGGUGAGCAGUAUGAUUGCUCAGAAGGCUUCAGUUACGAGGACAUUAACAACCUGGAGCCUGAGAAACGCCUACAGCAAAUCUGCCGUCGCCGUGGAAACCAAGGUGGUGUGAUGACCAUCAACAUUGUGCCAUUAAAAGAUGCAGUGACGUGCAAAGAGACCGGAGAUGUUGGGGAGAAUUUUGACGUGCCCUUCGUGCUUCACUUGUGGCCUUCCAUCCUGCUACGCAACCUUCUGCCUUACACCAUCACCUACAGUCUAAAGAACAGUGGAAUCUCUGCACCUGAGGCUACUUUGGACCCUGGUCACUCUGCUCAGCUUCACACUGGAGUCAUCAACCAGUCAAGUCUUGAUCUUCGUUUGAUUGAGUACUUGGCUCAGGAUUGGUCUUCUGUAUAUAGACUCAACAGUGAUCAGGAAGAGAUCACCUUCAUUGUGUUCAAGUCUCUAAGAGAGGAUGCAGACGAAGAUGGAGAUGCAGUGGAGAGGAAGAGGGCUGAGCUGGAUAUAGCAGUUCAUGUUAAAUAUGAUCUGGGGCAGAUGGUGGUUGCUAUCCAUUCACCGUACUGGAUGAUAAAUAAGACGGACAGGUUGUUGCAGUACAAGGCUGAUGACAUUCACCGCAAACAUCCCAUGGACUACAAGAUGCCGUUGCUCUUUUCAUUCAAGCCUCGGUACUUCUUGCGAAACAAUAAGGUUCGUCUUAUGAUCUCAGAAAGUGAACUAUCUGAUGAAUUCUCUCUGGACACAGUUGGGAGCCACGGGGAUGUGAAAUGCAAAGGCAGAUUCAAAGAUUAUCUGGUCGGUGUGAAGAUCGAUGCAAGCAGUUUCAGUCUGACCCGCAUUGUGACCUUUGUGCCCUUCUACAUGCUGGUCAACAGAACUAAGCACAGUGUGUUCAUAUGCGAAGACGGGCAAGAAACUUGGACUGAGGCAAAACCAGAAGAGUCAGCCAUCCCUUUCUGGCCUGAGAGUGACACUAAGAAGCUUAAAAUUAAAGUAGAAGCUUCCUUAUCGCCUCCAGUGACUAUCGACUUCAAACGACCAGAGAACUGCUUAUUGCUACAUCUGGACAACAAAGCGGGUGGGAUUAUAGUAGACAUGAAUCUGUCGGAACACUCGGCCACUAUUCAAUUUUCUGACUACCAUGAUGGCGCAGCCCCUUUCCUCAUCAUCAACCACACUAAAAGUCAGACUCUUCAGUUCCAUCAGAGUGUCCGGACAGAAUCCUCGUGGGUGGCUGACGAGAUACUUGACCUCUCCUUCUCAGUGGAGGAGGACAGCUCUCAGAAAAAGGCGGAGCAUGAGGAGCUGGAGGCUGGGAAAGCUGUGUACUACACCUGGACUGAGCCCACUGGGUCACGAGCGCUCUCCUGGAAAUGCAGCACUUACUCUGGGACACUAAAGAGUGAAGAGAAAAUUGAGAAUGGACGUUUUGCCAGCUACAGGUACUUUGCUCAUGCUAAAGUCAAUGAAUCUGACUUCCUCAUGAUCACCAAGAGAGGAAUAUUUUUUGUGACCAAAGGCACUUUUGGUCAGCUGACCUGUGAGUGGCAGUAUCUGUUUGAAGAGUUCACCAAGGAUCCAACCAUUAUAGAGGACCGCCGACUUCGCAUUGAGGCCAAGGAGAGAGUGAAGUCAGUCUUUCAUGCCAAAGAGUUUGGGAAGAUAAUAAACUUCAAAACUCCAGAGAUAGCCAAAUGGGUUCUCACCAAAUUGGAGGAUGCAAGAGAGAGUUUACCCAAGUACUGACUCUGAAGAUCGAGAAACGCUAAACACACGAGCUCUGUGUGUGCCAGUGCCUUUUUUUCUUUACUGCAUGCUACUUUUUUUCCCUCAGUGUGUGACUAGUGAAUAAACGAUGUGGACUGUCGGUGUGUGUCGGGGCUGAAAGACACAGUGUGCAUGUAGACAGAUUGCUGAUUUCCAUCCACUUUGCUUUGCAUUCAUUAUUUUACACCUGGUCAUGUUUUUUGUUUUUAUUAUAGUUUUCUUUAUUAAAACGUUAAGGCUGGAGUUUACGAACAGGUUCUGUUAUUGCCUGCUUGAAGGAUUGUACGAAUGGAGGAUUGUGAUUCCUUAGAUGUACUUGUUCUAAUCAAACACACAUUAAAGCUGCUGUUGGACGAACUUUGAAAGGGGAAAAGAAUGAGCGGGCCUCCACCUGCAGCUCGUACCUCUGUUUCAAGUCUCUCCCACCAGAUGAGCGCAGGAUUUUGCACAUUACGCACAGUUAAAAAAGGAUUUUUGUUGACCUUGAGCUUCAUGUGGAUACCCCCGGCUCUAGCGGGUGAAAACUUUCUUAACCCUCCACCUCUUUGUCACUGCCCAAGAGAGCCAAGAAGAGGUAGAAGAGGACUCCCACUCCCCCACAAACGCUAUUGUUGACAACCCCCCCCCCCCUUUCAUAAUGACACCAAAAACAUUUUUGCCUACCGUAGCUUUAGAGAUUGAGUUUAACUUUCAUUUCUGGAUGUAAAGGAGGAUUUGGGUGUAGAAAUGUCAAUCUUAACAGUGACUGGUAGGGGGGAAAAAAUCCCUCGAGUAUCACUGAGGCCAAAUUAACUGUAAUUGUUGUAGCACAUUUAAUGUUGCACACUGUUUCUUUUACUGGAUUAUAUAAAAGGCAUGCUAAUAUGAAUUAGUAUGACUUUAUAGUACACAUAAUUCAAAAAAUGUGCAUCCUUAAAGUUCUUUUUCCUAUUUUUUUUUUUUUA